AUGAAUAAGAUGAGUCUAUCUUUGGCACAAUUCUUGAAUGAGCUACAGGUGUCAGCGACAAUUGUCAAAAAACCAACACCAUCUAUGGCACUGUAUAUUCCAAAAGGUUCUACUUCUAAACCGAAAGGUGGACAGAAGAAGAAAAAUUCUCACAAAACUAAGGCAAUUGCACCUCCAACUGGAGGCGUGAAAAAGCCUAAGGGCAAGUGUUUUCAUUGCAAGAUGCCAGGUCAUUGGAAGGUGCAUUGUCCAGAGUUCUUAGCUAAGAAGAAAAACAAUUCAGAUAACUCACUUUCACUUGUCGUUGAAAUAUUUUUAGCUACUGUUUCUAACACUUCAUGA